AUGGCUCAACCUUCUAUUGCUUGUAUUUCUUUCGUAGCGAAGAAUGAUCAUCCUCUCUAUGUGACAAUAUUCCCACCUUUUCGCGAGUCUCGCCUGAGAUUCCUAAUCCUCAUAAACUCAUGUCUCGACAUUUUUGAUCUACGCGCGAGAAACACCUUUAUAGAUCAGGACUUGGGCCUCCUACAAGCUUUAGACGAGCGAUUGGCGGUUUACGGAUGGCUGACCAACACUGGGGUCAAGAUCCUGAUUAUCGUUGAUCUCGCAGGCCGGCAUGCCGACGGUGCGGGUCAGAAGCAGAGUAUCACACCUGUCACAGGAAUAAAGCAUUCGGAUCUGAAGCCUGCCUUUAGAGCACUGCAAACCGCAUAUAUCGGACUACUCCAAAACCCGUUCUACAACCCGGAUGAUCAAAAUGGCGCCUCCCCAGUUGAAACAAUGAAUGACACGCUGUUGGGUAUAAAUGACAAGAAAUUCAUCACCGAGGUCAAACGAAUUGGUGAUAUGUGGUCUCCUAACCUCACGAUCAUCUAA